CCUCCCACCACCACCAGUCCACCGGCCUCGUGUCCUCGUUUCGUUUCGUUUCGUUUCCAUCUCUCUGCUUCGAGUACUGCUUUUCCGUUGCAGGGCAGGGCGGCCUCCCCCGUUCCCCAGCGAAGGGGUCGAUCGAGGAGCCUGCGCGGGGCUCGCGUCUGGAGCUGGCUACCCACCACCAGGGUCAGGGAGCGGCCUCGCCGCGCCCGCAGGAGGCGGCGGAGCUGGCCGCCCUCGUGGUGGAGGAGUCGGAGGAGCAGCGCAACCGCUUCCUGGUGCUGCGCCUCUACGAGGCGCUCAACGCUCGCGACGCGCGACGGGCGCAGGAGCUGCUGGCGGCCGACCUCGAGUGGUGGUUCCAUGGCCCCCCCGCGCGCCAGCACAUGAUGCGCCUCCUCACCGGCGCCGAGAAAGGGAACGGCGGCUUCGCCUUCACCCCGCGCUCCGUCGACGCCUUCGGCUCCACCGUCAUCGCCGAGGGCGCAGACGAGACGCGCCAGCUCUACUGGGUGCACGCCUGGACCGUCGGGCCCGAUGGGGUGAUCACCCAGCUCAGGGAGUACUUCAACACCGACCUCACCGUCACCCUCCUCUCCGGCGCCGCCUCCGCCAAGAACGCCGCCGCCAUUGCAGCUGCUCCUCCCAAGCAGGACGCCGCGUCUUCCUCCUCCUCCUCCCCCUCUUCCGCCUCCUCGUCCGCAGGCCCCAAGUGCCUGUGGCAGAGCCGCCGCGCCGACCGCGCGCACAAGUCGCUGCCGGGCCUCGUCCUCGCCAUCUGAUCGAUCGACAACAGAGACAGCAAGAUCGGCCGCCCCUCCAUAAUUACAUAUACUACUAAUAUUAGUCCAUAAAUAAUCUGCAACUUCUCUAGUCGGUGACGUCGAAGCCAGUUAAUCGGUGAAGACGAAUGCGUAUGGGCUGAGCUGAACUGCUCCGAGUUGUGAGGUUCCGUUACCAGUUGGCAGUUGCAUUGCUUAGCGUGUGUGUGCUGGAUUAGUAGUGUUAGUCCGAUAAGUCAAGUCAUGGACUAUGGUGUGUACUGCCAUUACUACUGCUGCUGUUGUGAUGAUCCGUUACGGUCUGAUGGAAAUGAUGGUAAAUUGUGGAUGAAUGAAAGCUGCUUGAGCUGGAGGGUUCGAGUUCUCUUCCCCUCUGUUCUUUUU